GGAGGAGGUGUUAUUUUUUAUUUUUUUAUUAGUCUUGUGACGUGUGGCAUAUCACGUCCAUGACGGUGGGUCAUUUGAAAGCAGGCCCGCUGACGAUCACCCUCAGCUAAGCCGAUGGGCAUCAGGGAGAAAUCGCAAUCUCAGAGCCCCGCCGUAGAAUAGACGGCAGUCAACAGCAUGGAGGCAUUCAGACAGACUUUUGGGCAUUUCCCAUUUCAGAUGUCAACAUACAAGAGAGCCACGUUGGAUGAGGAGGACCUGGUUGACUCCAGCGGGGACGACGUCUACCAGUCAACACCCAUGCAGGUGAAUCUUCUGCAGGGGCGUGGCCUCCCUUGUUGGCCUGAGAGAACGCAGAGGGAGAGGAGGCUCCUGGUUUUAGUGUGUGUCCUUUCUGUGGCCCUGUUCGUAUCGCUCAUCACGACCGCCGUCUUCUACCGGCAAACUCACCCCGGCAUGUGUCUGACGGAGUCGUGCAUCAGGGUGGCCAGCACAGUCACAGCGGCCCUGGAUCGCUCCGUGGACCCCUGCCAGGACUUCUACAACUUUGCCUGCGGGGGCUGGAUGAAGAACAACCCCCUCCCCGAGGGCAAGUCCCGCUGGGGGCCCUUCAGCAACCUGUGGGAGCACAACAUGCUGGUCAUGAAGCGGUUGUUAGAGAACACAACCAGGAAAGGUCUGACUCAGGCUGAGGAAAAAGCUCAGAGAUAUUAUCAGGCCUGUAUGAACGAGAGCAAGAUCCAGGAGUUAGGAGCCAAACCGUUACAGGAGCUCAUCACGCAGAUAGGAGGAUGGGCCCUGACCGGGUCCUGGGACAAAGACAACUUCCAGGAAGUCCUCCGAUCGGUGUCGGCAAACUACCGCACCUCGCCCUUCUUCACCGUGUACGUCAGCACCGACUCCAAGAACUCGUCCAGUAACAUCAUCCAGGUGGAUCAGUCCAGUCUGGGUCUCCCUUCACGGGAUUACUACCUCAACAAAACCGCCAAUGAAAAGUACCUAACGGCAUACCUGAACUUCCUGGUGGAACUAGGCGUCCUCCUGGGGGGCUCAGAGGAGACGUCUCGGGUGCUCAUGGGGGAGAUUGUGGACUUUGAAACGACCCUAGCCAACAUCACGGUUCCCCAGGAGGAGAGGCGGGACGAGGAGCUCAUCUACCACAAGAUGGAGGCCAAAGACUUGAAGACUUUGGCCCCGGCAGUGGACUGGAUGCCCUAUCUCAGCGAGGUGUUUGCGCCGGUGCCGCUCACCGAGUCGGAGCCGCUGGUCGUCUACGCCAUAGAAUACCUCCAGAAAGUGUCGGAACUCAUCCAAAACACCAAUAAAAGCCUUCUCAACAACUACAUGAUCAUGAAGGUGGUCAGGAAGAUGGUGUCCAACUUGGACCAGAGGUUCCAGGAUACAGAGCAGCGCUUCCUAGAGGUCAUGUAUGGGACUAAAAAGAGCUGCACCCCUCGAUGGAAGCUGUGCGUCAGCGACACCGACAGCAGCCUGGGCUUCGCUCUGGGCGCCAUGUUCGUCAAAGACACCUUCGCCGAGGACAGCAAGGCCAUAGCCGAGGACAUGGUGGGAGAAAUUAAAAAGGCGUUUGAGGAGAGCCUGAAGUACGUGAGCUGGAUGGAUGCUGACACCAAAAAGGCAGCGAAGGAGAAGGCAGAUGCUAUUUACAACAUGGUGGGCUAUCCAGAGUUCAUCAUGAACACCACAAAGCUGGACAAGGUGUUCAAUGAUUUCGAGGUGGUGAUGGAUUUUUACUUCCAAAACGUCAUGCAGUACUACAACUUCUCAGCCAGGGUGACGGCGGAUCAGCUGAGGAAAACUCCAAACAGAAACCAGUGGAGCAUGACGCCCCCAACAGUGAAUGCCUAUUACAACCCCACCAAGAAUGAGAUGGUUUUGCCAGCGGGAAUUCUUCAAACUCCAUUCUACAGUCGAUCCUGGCCUAAAGCUCUGAACUUUGGCGGCAUUGGGGUGGUCAUGGGGCACGAACUGACCCACGCUUUUGACGACCAAGGGAGGGAAUAUGACAAGGACGGCAACCUGCGCUCCUGGUGGAAGAACUCGUCCGUGGAGGCCUUCAAGAAGCAGACUCAGUGCAUGGUGGAGCAGUACGGCAACUACAGCAUCAACCAGGAGCCUCUGAACGGAAAACACACGCUGGGGGAGAACAUCGCCGACAAUGGUGGACUCAAGUCUGCCUACAAGGCUUACGUGAACUGGAUGGAGAAGAACGGGGACGAGGCCACCCUGCCUGCCCUGGGAAUGACCAACCACCAGCUCUUUUUUGUGGGCUUUGCACAGGUGUGGUGCUCGGUCCGGACGCCCGAGAGCUCGCACGAGGGCGUCAUCACCGACCCGCACAGUCCGUCCAGAUUCCGCGUCAUCGGGACCGUCUCCAAUUCGCAGGAAUUCUCCCAUCACUUUGGCUGCAAGGCCAACACGCCCAUGAACCCCAAACACAAGUGUGAGCUUUGGUAGUGCCUCCCAAAGUUGGUAGGCCAAAAACCACGGAACCAGCCUACCUGUCUUACCACUAACCUGUCUCUCUGCGCCUUCUUGCCAGGACUGUUUGGAGGCUUCCGUCUCCAUCUCCAGGUUGAAUGUUUACCAUUAAUGUGUUUUUUUUUUCUAACACUGGAGAUAAAAACAUUUAAGGAUGAGAGAAAAACUUUUUUUAGCCGCUAACAUCUAGCGAGCGCACACUCUGAUGAUUAAUGUUACUUUCCCAAACUUUUUCAGGACUUAUUCUGUAUAUCAGUGGUCCCCAACCACUACCGGGUCGCACAUUCAUUCAUUCAUUCAUUCAUUUAUAAACUACCACAUGUUCUCCCACUUUACUUUGGCCUGUCCCACUAAACACACCAAUAGGUUUGUUCAUAGAUGUAUAUAACAACUUCUUUGUUAUAUUAGAUUAAUAAACACACCAAUAAGUUUGUUUAUAGAUGUAUAUAACGAAUCCUUUGUUAUAGUACAUUAAUAAACACACCAAUAAGUUUGUUUAUAAAUGUAUAUAACAACUCCUUUGUUAUAGUACAUUAACAAACACACCAAAAAGUUUGUUUAUAGAUAUAUAUUACAACUCAUUUGUUAUAGUACAUUAUCAAACACACCAAUAAGUUUGUUUAUAGAUGUAUAUAACAACUAAUUUGUUAUAGUACAUUAUUAAACCCACCAAUAAGAUCGUUAAUAAAUAUAUAUAUAACAACUCCUUUGUUAUAGUACAUUAAUGCACACACUAAUAAGAUUGUUAACAGAUAUAUAUAUAUAACAACUCCUUUGUUAUAGUACAUUAAUAAACACACCAAUAAGAUUGUUAAUAGAUGUAUAUAACAACUCCUUUGUUACAGUACAUUAAUGGAGAUAUCACAUGUUAAUGUGUCAGAUUGUAGCCAAAGGCUAAUUUCCAUCUGCAGUGCCCCGCAGGGUCACAGGGGUUCUUAACAAUUUUGACCUCAGGACCCAACUUUUCUACUACAGAUGGCCCCGGGGACCACUCCAAUAUUGCCACUGAAUUAGUAAUCUUACUCUUGAUUUAGAUCGUAUUCAAUGAUUAUAUCUAACCUACUUACAGUUCACUACCUUGUCAAAUGUUAUAAAAGCAUGUGUUCACCACAAAGAUUAUGUUAUUGAUUUAACAAAAUAAACCUUAGGCUUAGGUCAGGCUGACUUGAAAAAUAAGUAUGAACCAAAUAAAGAAUACAUUUACAUACAAUAUGUGCUAUGGUGUGUUACAAUAAAUCAACUAAAUUAAUAAUAAAUAAGUUUCUUAACUAAACUUUCAAUAAAAUUAACGUCACUUUAGUCAUAAUUUUUGUGCCUAAGGAAUUUAUCUGACAUUAGUGCCAGACUUAUUUUGUUUGAUAUUGUCAUUACUGCCACAAGUGGUGGAAAAGUGUAUUACAACUGUGUACAGCUGCGGCCUAUACAGACCGCAGCUGAAAAACACAUAUAUUACAUUCUAGGGGGCGCUCGCUGCCCAACACUGGGCCCCGGUUUUAUGAUUAAUUAACACUGGUAUAUAGCAGUGGUGUGCCGUCAGGGCCAGCCAGGCCUUCUCUGCUGACCUAACAGAAAUCAUGAUCAUUAAUUUAAAAACGUUUAUUUUAUUUUUAAUUGACUUUCCAUAAAUAUACAAAAGUAUUCAUCAUAUUCUCUUUAUGUCAUAUUAGGCUCCAGUGUUGCUCUUUUAAGUUAGAGCUUUUAUCCAAUCAGAAUUCAGCUAGCUUGUUGCCAGCGCUGUAUGAAUUCUGCCGUAGGCCUUCUGACCCAACAUUAGUUUAACGAACAGAGGACAUUCAGUUGAAAGACAGUUGCGAUAGCCGAUCAGAUCACAAGUGGUGUACAAUAGCCUUACGUUGAAAGUGACUGUGAUUGGAUACUCACUUGUUACUCCCAGGUAUCCAAUCACAAGUUGUGAUUUACGAAAGCAGAAAGUGGCACCGGAGCCAUACCCGGCCAGCGGAGAAAUCAGCGGUACUCACUUUUUUUAACCAACAAAGUAGCAGAGCAAAUUUAGGUGGCAUAUAUAACGGUUUGCCUGCCAUUUCCACUCAAGUCAACCAACUACGAGCGGUAUUGUGAGUUCAAAUAUAUUUUUUCACAUUCAAUGUUGACAUUUUUUUUUGACAGUACCACGUCCGAUGUGGGUUUAUUGAUUUUUAAACGCGCAAAAAAAAUAGCCCUUUUUGUACACUAGUGACGAGUUGAGUUGAUUCAAUGCACAGUAGUGCGCAGGUGUGUUUCUGUAUAGUAUUUUACAAGCCGUAGUCAUGUGGCGACAUAAAUAAUGGUAUUUUGAGAGGUAUUUAUUGAAGUCGGACUAAGUAGGACAUCACUGAAGGCCUAGAUGGGAAACGCACGGCCCGCCAGUGCUAUAUAGUAUAUGCCAGGGCUCCUACUACUUCAGCGGUAUUUAUGAUGAGUUUAUUUUUCAUGCUCAUUGUUUUGCUGUUUUUAUCCGCCACAUGUGGAAAUAAUGCACACAUUAAAGCGGUCCUGGUGGACAAAAGGUUGGGGACCCCUGCUGUGUAUGAAUGACAGCAACAUGCAAUUAUGACGAGAUGUCUGUUCUCUUAACCCCAACUUUCUGUUUCACAUCCUUCAACCUAAUUUCACUCCUUUAUUCAUGUCACUGUUUUAUUCAACACUCAACUGGGGGACUUUUUGGUUUUGUUUGUAGCCCAGGGUGUUUUUAAGUUCGUUAAAAUAUGAAAGUCCGCUUAAAAAGGAUAGCAGAGCCAUAUUUAUCCAGAAUGUGUAGAAUGUUUAGAGUUCUCUCUCUGUGAGGGACAGAUGCACUGUGUGUGUACCACUUGGUCCAGCAGUUGUUUUGACUGGGAGAGAAUUGCUGCCCUGACUAUUUCAUGACAACGCCACUUUCCGACUGCUUGGAAACACGGAAAGAAUAUACCGGUAGCAAGCAAUAAAAACAAAAAGCUGCUGAGACAACCAAAAUAGACCAAGAUUAUGUUGUUUUUGUGUGGAAAUAUUAUUUUGUAUAAUAAAACAACCAUAAA